UAAAACGAUAGAGAAGGUCCCCCAAAACACGCGCACCCAGUUGACUUCUGGAAGGUUUCUCCAAGUUGAUCGAUCGGGUACAUGUGGUUGAGCUGAGCGACGGUCACUCCUGUUGUUCAGAGGAGGCUUUCCCAAAUGUCGGCUUACGCUAGACGUAUGGCCUUGUUGUCGGCCCGGAUAUUCGGCGAGCCUUACGCGGCUUCAGUUGCUGGCGGAAAUUCUCAGGUCGUUAGGCGAUUUGCCGAGAAACCGAUGGAUCUGAAGAAGGAAUGGAUCGAGUAUUACCCGCCGCUCUUCCAGUAUAACAGACUUAUGCUGAAGUUGAGAGCACACGGUUUAUUUCGGGACGAGCAUCUGGAUUUCCAAGAGGAGAUGAAGCGGUUGAGGAAACUGCGAGGGAAGGGUCCUCCGAAGAAAGGACAAGGAAAACGUGCAUCUCUGAAAAAAUAGUUGCCGCAGCAGAUUCUCCCGACACCGAUAUCUUUGAUCCCGAUAGGAAUCGUUCUUGGGUGACCGACUCUCGGCAGCGCGAGGCUAGUGGAUUAAUUAUGAUGGACUGUCAAGUAAAUAAAGAGAUCGCUGGAAAAC